AUGGCUACAGCGGGCGUCCGAUUUCUUCCAGAGCCCCAACAGGCGUCACUUUUGAAGGGAAUUUGUAAAUUUUUGCAAACGAACACAGAAUUUCAUCUCCCUGAUUGUGACAAACGGGUUCAGGUUAUAUCGGGAGAAACAGAAGGAUUAUAUGGUUGGAUUGCAACGAACUACCUUUUGGGGGGGCUUGAUCAACCAAAGAAACACGCCCACGGAAAGGGUCAUCAUACCUACGGCUUUCUAGACAUGGGUGGCGCGUCGGCGCAAAUUGCCUUCGCUCCUAACACGACUGAAGCUGAGCGCCAUGCAAAUGAUUUAAAGUUGAUUCGAAUGCGACGUCUAGAUGGGUCAUCAGCUGAAUAUAGGGUCUUCACCGCGACAUGGCUAGGAUUCGGAGCCAACAAGGCCCGGUCUCGGUAUAUUCAAAGUUUGGUGGAAAGCUACGCCGAUUCAGUUGACAAAAUUCCAGAUCCAUGCAUGCCGAAAGGUCUCCGAAGUUAUGCUGGAGGGAUUUCAAGUCCUGGAAAAUCUACCAUCGAGAAGACUCUCGUCGGAACAGGCGCGUUUGAUGAGUGUUUGAGGAAAACCUAUCCUCUACUUCGUAAAGACGUGCCAUGCGACGAUCAUCCCUGCCUUCUCAAUGGCCAGCAUGUUCCAGCAAUAGAUUUUGAUAUCAAUCACUUCAUCGGCGUGUCAGAGUACUGGCAUACCACCCAUGGCGUUUUUGGCAAGGAGCAACAGGCGUACGAUCUCGCAAGUUAUCAGCAAAAAGUCAUCGCUUUCUGUAGCCGCGAGUGGGCUGCAGUGAAGGGCGACAUAGUCAAACGGAGGAAAACUACAGAACAAAAGAUUCAAGAAGCACAAGAAGCCUGCUUCAAAGCGUCUUGGCUAAUAAAUAUUCUAUAUGAAGGGAUUGGAAUCCCUCGGGUUGGUGUGGAUCAUCCGUCUAGAUCCAGUUUCAAUACAACACACGACAAGGCAGAAGAAGGAAAGCAGAGCUUCGUUAACCCGUUCCAACCAAUUGAUACUGUGGAGGGUGUGGAAGUGAGUUGGACGCUGGGAAAGAUGGUUCUUUAUGCGUCGGGCCAAAUAUCACCUCACCUCUCAUCAUUACCCGUUGGGUUUGGAAGCAAUGUAGCCCCGAAAACACCUCCUGAUUUCGAGCAGGCAGGAUCUACGCCUUUGACAUUGGACUCUUACGACGAUACUGAAGAUAGUGGUAUUGACGAUAACGCCACUCUCGGCAACCAAACCUUGUAUCGUAUCCUAGGUUUGAUGUUUGUGGCUUUAUUGAUCGUAUACUAUCUUCAACGGGCUGAUCGACGGCGUCGAAUACUGACCAUCUGGCGGCGAUGCCACUCCAGUCGCAUAUCACGGAGCGGACACAGGUUGACGAACCAAAUAUUCGGUCGCAGCCCAGCAAAUUAUGAAAGAAUCUUAGAACAAGGCGACGCUACCAGAUAUGAGCUAGAGGGCUACUCUGAAGAUCUCGAUGGCUCUGACAGUAGUGACGGAUUCCAUGCAAAUAGAUACAACGGGCCAGGGGCCCCUAAAAUCGUCCUGGGUGGUGUUGACGAGGGCCAACCACCAUCAGUAAUGGAUAGAACUGGACUAGUUCUUCGUACGGAAAGCAGGGAGCGACUGGCACCGAGUCUCCAAAUGUUAAAUGCUGGCAGGAGAAGCAGAGCAACUAGCCCGACUCGGUUGAAAGGCCCGCAUUGCUUGGGAGAGGAAGCUUAG